AUGCCAAACAGAAAUAAUGACACGAAUCCCGAGGACGGGAGACAGGCCCGGUCGUUCAGUCAAGGUUCCGCGGGCUCUUACCUGAACUCCUGGCUGUCGGGCCGCUUCUCUCCCUCAACAUCCGCAAAUUACUUGGAAGGGGAUGAUGAGACCGGUGAUCUCGAGGGCAAUGAUGAUGAAGCUAAUCAGAGGGGUCAGCCAAUGUCUAUUCGGCUUCGGAAGGCAGGUGGUGUGAACAGCUUGGACAAUUUUGCACGAUCAUGGCAACGAGCAGCAGCCUUCCCGGAGAUAAUUCCUCGGCGGUCAUCCUUUGUAUUUGAAUAUGAAGAACCCGGCGAGGCAGAUGAAGGUCAACCGGGGCAGGACCACACGGACCAAAAGCCUGCGACACAUCCUCUUCUGUCUGCUAGCUAUCGCUCUGGACGACAAAGGUUCCCUUCGGAUAGUGUGCUUGACGGCACCAGUAAUAGACGGGACAGCUCGCCUCCGGACAUGAGGCCGCUGUUGAGCAGAGAAUCACCCACCACAACAACAACAGCUGAUCUUCUUCGAACAUACGACGCUUCCUCGUUUGGUAGAAGUUUUGGGACCUCCUAUGGCUCGAUCUCUUCGCGAGUAAGCGAGACUACUCGCCAACGAGCCCUUGAGCUUUAUCGCCCUGAACACCAUCCCGUAGCUGGAGGGGAGCCGGACCCAGAUAGGGAACCACUCUUAGUGAAGCAGAUUCAGCAUGAAGAUGGAACAAAGGAAAAUGUCAUUGUCGGGCACAGUACGGUACCACAAACCAUCUUCAACUCGGUUAAUGUCUUGAUUGGCGUCGGGUUGUUAAGUCUGCCUCUGGGCAUGAACUACGCUGGCUGGGUACCUGGACUUUUGUUCUUGGGGUUUUCGGCUGCAGUUACGGCCUAUACUGCGAAAGUACUGGCUAAAUGUAUGGACGUCGACCAUCAUUUAGUGACUUACGGAGACCUGGCCUAUAUAAGUUUUGGACAUCGGGCCCGAGUGAUCACUAGUUUGUUGUUCUGCUUGGAACUUCUCGGAGCAUGCGUUGCACUUGUGGUGUUAUUCGGGGACUCCCUUGGUACUCUCUUACCCGGUCUUAGUCUUACACAGUGGAAGAUUGUUUGCGGCAUCAUUUUACUGCCGCUCAGCUUUGUUCCUUUGCGUUUCUUGAGUGUCACUAGCAUACUGGGUAUAUUGUCAUGUACUUCAAUUGUGGGUAUUGUUCUCAUAGAUGGUCUUGUCAAGAAAGAUUCUCCGGGAUCUCUUCUCCAACCAGCCAAGACGUCACUAUUCCCUGAAAAUUGGGCGACUUUACCUCUUAGCUUUGGCCUCAUCAUGUCUCCCUGGGGUGGCCAUGGCGUUUUCCCAAAUAUAUACCGCGACAUGAGGCAUCCCCACAAGUAUGGCAGGAGUCUCGUUGUUACAUACAUCUUCACGUACUCCCUCGACUGUUCAAUGGCUGUAAUCGGCUGGUUGAUGUUCGGUGAUGGUGUCCGCGAUGAGAUUAUAGUCAAUAUCUUACAGAGCACCGGCUAUCCUCGUGCACUUUCUAUUGGUAUUAUUGUGUUUACUGCAAUCAUUCCAAUCACAAAAGUGCCUUUGAAGUGAGUGAUCUGUCCAAGAUUUUCAACAAUAAUAGACUGACGCAUCUAGUGCUCGACCACUCAUUGCAACGGCCGAAGUUCUAUGCGGUCUUGACUCGUCGAGCCACCAUUCCUCGCAACAUAACAGCCAAACAGCUGGAAAAGCGGCCACGGUCGCCAAAGGCCUCAUACGCGUAAUCGUGCUUGUUCUGAUCGUUUUCAUUGCAAUCGUCUUCCCGUCCUUCGACCGCAUUAUGGCGCUCAUGGGUUCCUUGCUGUGUUUCACAAUCUGCAUCAUAUUGCCGCUUGCAUUCCACCUAAAGAUCUUCGGAAAUGAGAUCUCGCUUAGCGAGAGGAUCUUUGACUGGUUCCUAGUGAUUAUCUCAUCAGUGAUGGCCAUCAUCGGAACGACGUGGGCUUUCCUACCAUUCCCCGGAUCAGGCACGCCUGUCGUGUCGUAGUUUCUGAUCUGUUGUUUUGAGCACAUGCAUUGUACACGGCAUUCUGCAGCGUUCUUUUCAACUUAUUCAUGAAUUCGCAUUAAGUGUGAUGGUGAAGUUGUUUCUCGUCUUGCCCGGGUUCAAUUCCUCCUUUCGAAAUAUCGUUGCUGUUUUAUUCUUAUUGCUGUUGUUGUGGUGGGAACCUGGCCGGAAUUCCCAUAAUUGAUAUAUGAGCUUGUUGGUGACUUUCUCCUUGAAUUUGCUAUACCCCAGACAUGUAGCUAUAUCAUUAAGUCGUUCUGAAUUGAAAUAUCGCGAGUUCAAAACACACGCAGCCGGAAGGACUAGAAAGAGAUACGGAGCAAAAUUUUUGGUUUCUGUGUCUCGUAACAAGCAUGGAGGUGACGGA